AUAAACCAAUGGACAAAAAUAGCCUAUGAGGAACAAAGACAUUUCAAAUCCAUUUUAAGCAUCCCUUGAUAAUAUCCUAAAAGUAGCUCAGAGUCUCACCACUUCUUUGUUUCAUUUUUGCUUCAGAUGAGGAGAAGGCGAUUAGCCCGCCUAGAGGGCUUGAACAACAGUAAUGGAGCUGCCAGUUCAUCGAAUGCUAUUGCUUCAACUUCUCCAAGCACGUCAGAGCCGUCAAAAGUAUUUGGAUCAAUAUCUCCGUCUAUUCAACAACAAUUACAGCGUACCGAGAUUCCAAUGGAAGUAGAAGAGAACAACGACAAACAGUGUAAUAUUAGUGGGAUGGAUAAUUCGGGAAUUGAAAAUAUGGAAGUUGACGAAUCAGAUAGGAAAGAUUUAGUACCAAGAUCACGCACGACGAGUUCUAGCAUAGAAGUUACAACGGAUCAUAUACAUGUUGUCAUAUCACGCAUCUUGCGCAUAUCGUGGAAAAGCCCCGCCGAGGGAAAUGUAUUCUUACCGCAGACAGCAGCGUAUGUGCUAAAGCAAAGGCAACUGGAUUUUAGCGAAAUUAUCAACCAAGCUUUGAUGGAAAUUUUGUGUAUAUUUUCGAAGGGGGAGGAUCCCUUCAAGGAUGUCACUGUAGACAUGUCGUCCGAUCGGCAAGAUAGCCCAAAUAAUCAAGCGAGCCCUCUGCUAAGUCCUGUCGUGACUCUUCCGUCUUACCAAUUGCCAACUAUGCCAUUGCCCAUAGGCAGCAAAUCGUCGCAACCGAAAAGUUUAACCUAUUUGUUGGACUGUUACUCAAGAGUCGCGAUCGAAGAAAGAAAUCAUCCGAAACGAUUCAGCGUACCUCCUCUUUCUGAUGUACUGACGGUUCUGAAAGCGCAAUGUGUUCAGUAUUCCAGCCUUGUUCUACAAGGGUUGAUCGGCAUUUGCCAAGCUUCAGUUAUACCCAUGUGUACUACUUACCUUCUCUACCCGAUACUGUCGCAAAGCUUGCCUCGAGGAUACCUUCACGAGCUCGUGGCUAGAACGCACACGAAUUCCAGCAUAUUCAAUAAGAUAUUCACCCCGGUCUUGCAAGGCCUUUAUCUCUCGAUGCAACAAGCAAGCUUGGUUGGCAAUACACACAGAAGACCCAUCGAGACGCUGGAAGAACUAAUAGAAAUUCGCUGCGGACCAAGUGGCAACAUACGUCCGAUUUGCCGUCUGAUUACGAAUCAAGUACAAUUCUUGCCCGACAUUAUGACGUCAGCCGGUGGCAGAGAACUCACGAGGACUUCGUUUUUGGGACCGUUUCUGUCGGUAUCGGUGUUCGCUGAGGAACAACCGAAAGUGGCGGAGAAAUUCUUCAGUGGUAAUCCCGUUACAGACAAAUCUGUGAAUCUAUCCUUACAGCAAGAGUUAGAAAGUACUAGAACUUCAUUACACAAGAUGUUUCAUGCGAUACUCGCGAACAGCAACUGUCGCGAUGUCACCUUAACGUACUUAGCCGCAUUGCUGCGUCACAAUGAGAAACGCGCGCAAAUACAGACCGAGGAGUUCUCUCUGGCCGGGGAUGGAUUUAUGUUAAAUCUACUAUCGGUUUUGCAAAUGCUUUCUGUGAAAAUCAAACUGGAUACCGUGGAUCCCCUGUAUCCAUUUCAUCCCUCCAGCUUUGUCGAAAUAAAGAACGACACAAGACUGAAACUCACUUCGCAGGAGGUCGCGGAGUGGCAGAAGCACCUGGAGAAGACGCAUAAGUGGACGGAAUCAAAAUUCCCGACACAAUGCUGGUUCUUAACGUUGCAUUGCCAUCAUAUCGCGCUGUUACCGGCAUUGCAAAAGUAUCAGAGAAAGUUGCGGGCGUUACGCGACUUACAGAAGAUGCUCGACGAACUGCAAGCCACGGAACCUCAAUGGAAAGACAGCCCCUUCGCGGAACACAAUAAAGACUUAAUUAAGCAAUGGAAGCAGCAAUUGAAGCGAUUAGUUAAAUCCAAAUCGUGUGCAGACGCGGGUCUGAUAGAUCCCGUCUUUUUGAGAAGAUGCUUACACUUUUAUAUAUCUGUGGCUGAGGUUUUGUUAAGUCUUCUGACGCAGACUGCCCCGGGUAAUCCUCUCCCAAAACUUCCACUUCCUCAGGAAGUUACAUGCAAAUUUACCGCGCUGCCGGAAUGGUAUGUGGAGGAUAUAGCGGAAUUCUUGUUGUUUGCGCUCCAAUUCUGCCCUGGAGUAGUGGCAAGUAAUAUGGAUAAUUCACUUAUCACUUGGUUACUGGUCGUUGUGUGUACGCCGCAUUGUAUACGAAAUCCGUAUUUAAUCGCGAAAAUCAUCGAAGUCCUCUUUGUGAUAAAUCCUAGUGUUCAGGGAAGAACGGAAACUCUCCAUGAUAAAGUCAUGGCGCAUCCGAUAUCCAAGACACUUCUGGCAUCAUAUCUCAUGAAGUUUUACACCGAUGUUGAAACCACUGGUUCCAGUUCAGAGUUUUACGACAAGUUUUCAAUACGUUAUCACAUAAGCCUGAUCUUGAAAUCGAUGUGGGACAGUCCGAUACAUCGAGCGUCUAUCGUGAAUGAGAGCAAUAAUGGCAAGCAAUUUGUCAAGUUUAUCAACAUGCUGAUGAACGACACCACCUUUCUCCUUGACGAAAGUUUGGAAUCUCUGAAGCGUAUACACGAGGUGCAAGAACUCAUGUCGGAUACCAGCGCGUGGAGUGCACUUUCCCAAGAGCAACAACAUUCGAGGUCGAGACAGCUGACAGCGGAUGAGAGACAAGCCAGGUCCUAUCUUACACUAGCCAAGGAAACAGUUGCUAUGUUUCAUUAUCUGACGGUUGACAUUAAGGAGCCAUUCCUACGACCGGAAUUAGUCGGGCGAUUGUGUGCCAUGCUAAAUUUCAAUUUACAACAGUUGUGCGGACCUAAGUGUAAAAAUCUGAGAGUGAGAAAACCACAGAAAUAUGGGUGGCAACCAAGGACGUUACUCAGUCAAUUGGUUGAUAUAUAUUUGCAUCUUGACUGUGAUAAUUUCGCGGCUGCUUUAGCCAGUGAUGAACGUUCGUUCUGUAAGGAAUUGUUCACUGACGCUGCGAGCAGGCUGGAGAGAUCUGCGAUCAAAACUACCACGGAAAUCGAGAGAUUCAUAGCGCUGGCGGAGCGCGCGGCGAUAAUCGCGAGAGAUAAUCGUGCGCGCGACGCAGAUUACGGUGACGCUCCUGAAGAAUUCCGAGAUCCGUUAAUGGACACUCUUAUGGAGGAUCCAGUCAAAUUACCAUCUGGUAUUGUUAUGGACAAGGCAGUUAUCAUUAGACAUUUACUCAAUAGUGCCACAGAUCCUUUCAGCCGGCAGCCGCUAAGCGAAGACAUGCUCACACCGAUGCUCGACUUGAAAGAAAGGAUAUCUGUGUGGAAACAACAAAAGAAAAAAUCGACGAAUAUAUAAAUGGUGCUAAUGUGACGAGAAUUCUGCAAGUAUAAAGAUAAAAGUAAAGAAAGACAGAGUAGCAUCCAGCACGGAGAAAGAAAGCAAUUAGCAUACAAACCAACAUAAUUGUCAAUAUUGCACGAUAUAUUCUGUCGGACAAAUGCAUCAAUUCUGUGCAGUUGACGAAUAUAGUGCAAUGAUCUCGCUGUUGUGCAACAAUUGCGCUCAAUAAAUUUACAGUUUUUAUACAAUAAAAACAUUAACACAGACUGCAGCUAGCGAACUGCCAACAUAUUGCUCCAAACAUACUUUAGAAAGUUGUAAAUAAUUGCUGACUACAUGUCAGUAUUCAAAAUUAUAUUAAUCAUAAUUAAGCUACAUUACUUCUUACGUCUUUCGAUGUAUGUGGCAGCGGGUAAGUUUCAAAAAACAUAUCCCGCGGAAAUAUAAUGUUAAAUAGUAUAAACUAGUAAUAAAUGACUAUACUAUAUACUUCCACGAAAACUCGACAUUUAAAAAUAAAACAACAAUGACAUGAAAUCUA